AUGGACACUCCAAAGCCCAAAACAUGGGGGGUGACUCCGCCCAUGUCCGUCGCCCUACCUGAACCCAUCGACAACCAAAAGACCGCCGAGUUGAUUGAAGAAUUGAAGAGAGAGAACAACUAUGAGCCGAUGGAAGAGACGAAGAAACGAAUGGACACGCUGAAAGUCCUGAGUAAGGCUACACAAGAGUUCGUCCGCGCGGUCAGUCGGAAACAACGCCUACCACCGGCUCAGAUUGAACAAUUCGCGGGCAAAAUCUAUCCAUAUGGUAGCUAUCGCCUUGGAGUCUUCGGACCAGGUUCUGAUAUAGAUACUCUGGCUGUCGCUCCGAGACAUGUUACGCGCGAGGACUUCUUCGAGUUAUUCCCCGAUAUCCUGAGAAGAGUGGCCGAGAACGAGAAAGUUUGUAAAGAGAAGGUCACUUCGUUGACACCGGUGCCCGAUUCAUUCGUCCCCAUCAUAAAGCUCGUCCUCAAUGGCAUUGAGAUUGAUCUUAUCUUCGCCUCCAUUCCCAGUCUGCAGACAAUUCCCAAAGACCUGUCCCUCAACGAUAACACUUUGCUCGCGGGUCUGGAUCAUGCAACUGUUCGAGCAGUGACUGGACCGCGUGUUACCGAUGAGAUUCUGCAGUUGAUUCCCGAACCCAAGACUUUCCGAACUGCGUUACGAGCGAUCAAACUGUGGGCACAGAGAAGAGCUAUUUACGCCAAUAUUGUUGGCUAUCCUGGUGGAGUGGCCUGGGCCAUGCUCGUUGCGCGAGUCUGUCAAUUCUACCCUCAUGCUGUUGGCGCCAGCAUCGUCGACAAAUUCUUCUUCAUCAUGAAGCAGUGGGAUUGGCCUACUCCCGUGGUGCUCAAAGAUAUCGAACCGGUCAAGCCCGCUGAUCAGAACAAGGGGUUCAAAGUGUGGAAUCCGGCUAUUUAUCAAAGUGAUAGAAAGCAUCUCAUGCCCAUCAUCACCCCAGCGUUUCCUAGCAUGUGUGCCACUCACAACAUCUGCAAGUCGGGCAAGACUGUCAUUCUGCGUGAAUUGGAAAGAGGCGGACAAAUCACCACCAAAAUCUUUGCUGGCAAAGCUCAAUGGAGUGACUUGUUCAAGAAACACACCUUUUUCACCGCCGACCACAAAUACUACCUGGGAGUGACCGCCAGCUCUCUCAAUGCGGACUCUGCCAAAGCCUGGGCAGGUCUCGUCGAGUCCAAGGUCCGAAUCUUCGUGAUGCAGUUGGAAGGAAUUCCUGGUAUCACCCUUGCUCGUCCAUUCACUAAAGGGUUCAAACGCGUUCACAAGUGUGCCGAUGAAGGUCAGAUUCGGGAAGUCCAGAAGGGCAGCAUGAGCUACAAAGUGGAAGAAACCAAGACUGUUGAAACAACGGAUCCUGAGCUUGUUACCAACAACGGCCAAGGUGCUGCUAUCCCGGCGGUCAACGGCGCUCAACCGGAAAGUGAUCACGGCACCCAUACCAUCUACACGUACACAUUCUACAUUGGCAUCGACACCACGGCGAAGAGUCUCAAUAUCGCUCCGGCCUUCCAAGGCUUCAAAGAGAUGUGUGAGGGAUGGGCAGCCUUCAGCCGAGACCUCCACUUCCUUUCGCUCGCAUCCAUCAAAAGCUGGGACUUGCCCGAUGAUGUCUUCGAUGCAAAGGCUGGCGAGACGAAACCCGGCAAACCCGUCAAGAAGGUGGUCAAGGCUCCCAAAGUCGAAUCUAAAGGAGUCCGACGGAGUAUCAGCGAGGUCGAGGAUGCUGAGCCUAAUGGUGAAUCCAUGAAGCGUCAAAAGAUGAUGACGCCAACUCCUACUCCAGCACCUACUGCAGCACCGGCUUGA